CUGAUGCAUAUUGUUAGUCGGAAAUGCUACAAUACCCCAGUGUCUUCUGCUCACGACCUAGCAUACCUAGGUAAGGUAGGUAACCAACAGAUGCAUCGUCCUCGUAGGGCAGACACAGACACUAAAUGUCUGAUUCCACGUCCAAUCGCAUCUUUCUAUUUCCUUGGGUCCACCCCGGCCAAGAUCUUCAGCCUUCCGCCGUUCCCUCAACAGAUCAUCGGCUUUUAUCAAAAACCAAGAUAACUUCAGAAAGCUUUCAUUAAUCCCCAUCUUUCUGGGCAACUUCACUAAUAAGUUACCUGAAACAGUGAUGUGCUAUCCAGUGUCUAUUAGCCCAAGUUCUAGCACGUCCCUGGACACGGAGAACCAGGGAAGAGCCUGGCUCUUGGCUCCCAUUAGCACUCAGCGCUAAACUCUUGAGAAGAGCAGCGACCACACAGCAGCUAUUCGUCAAGACUCUCGGAAUUGGCGUGCUGAUAAUCAGCCCUCCGAUCGCUCGAAAGCCUGUGACGGAGCAUGAACCAACUUCGAUCGGGAUCAAACUUGGCAAUCCUCUGCUGCAGUAGGACCAAAUCGUAUACUUAACUGGCCGCGCUUCGAAGGAGCUGAUUUCUUGUUUGCACACACCGCGAUGAUCAUACACCGAUCACGAUCGGUAUAUGUAUGCUGAUCAGUGUAUAUCUGCAUACGGAUGGGCUUCCCGCCAAAGGAUGGACAUUUCUACAGCACGACUCAAACCAUGUUGAUUGAGAUUCUCGAACACCUGCUUAUAGGUUCAAAUGGGGCCUCACGAGGUGGUGCCUUGUCAGUCUACGCGGGUCAGCAUUUCGAAAUGCAUGAGGCGGUUUCUAGAGCGCUCUUCGGUAGGACCUAUUUCUGCCCUUUGUGAACCAACCAACGUCAAUGCCAGUCUCAGCGGCCGACAGAUCCAAAGGCAUGGCCCUGGAGCCCUACUGUAUUGUCGACCGAUACACAAUAGGCUCCAUCUCUGGGCCACGGUGUUGGUAAUGCUGCCGUUAAAGACCAACCCGACCCAAAGGGUCGGAUUGUGGUGUGCCAAUGAUUCGAAGGAUUCUGUCUAGCAAUACUCAAGAGCAUAGAUGACAUUUAGAAUGAGCCCGCAAGGGGCUAGGCUAUUCUUUCGCCCUUGAUUCUCUG